CUCCUCUGUCACAAUUUUAAUCAGGCGAUACUUAUGAACAUAAGAUAGUGGGCUAGUUGUUCCUCUGCCGCCUUACCUUGUCAUGUUAACACGAGUCCAUUCCUCAACCAUUAGAAUUUUAGCCCCGAAAGAAAUUUGCUGUUCAAGAGUGAAGCCUUGCUCUGAUGGACUUGUUGAAGCACAUUUGCCCCGACUCACCAUAUGUAUGGGAUGGCAAAGGUGUCUCGGAGUGUUUUAGUGACAUAGUGCUGGUUUUCGGAGCAAAUGUGGCAACUUUGGUUGUGAUUGCGGUGGUUGGAGUUACAAAGAGAAGGGUCAAGGAAAAUAUAAAGAUAAAUCUUCCAUUCAAGGUUUUGUUGUACGUUUUACCUGUUAUUGGAGCAUGUACAGCAUUCUUCGACAUGGUUUUGCUUCUGAGAAGUCUCCGACAGGGUCAUGCUGUUGUGUUUCACAGAUGGCUCUUUAGUUGUUCCCAGAUUGCAGUCUGGGUUACAGUUUUACUUUUUUCAACACGUGGCUACUGGUUCGUCUUCUGCAACCAAGUCUUGAGUCUUUGGUGGAUUGUUAAACCAUUUCUCUUGAUUCCUCAUCUGCAAACAGUUUUCUCUUCACAAGGGGCUUUCAGAUGUCUUAGGGAGAGCUCUCUUGCUUUACUGGAUAUCAUGUUUGGGAUCUUGAUUAACAUCAUGAGGAUAAAAUGGGCAUCUUACAGAGGCAGGAGUAAUUCCAUGGAAGAACCACUUCUUCCUUGCAAGAUUGAUGUCAAAGAAGGUCACCCGAAAUUCCCAGGACUUAUGUGCAACUUUUGGCACCUUAUAACUUUCAAAACCAUUGACACUUUAAUGGCAUGUGGUGUAGAGAGACAGCUUGACUCAAAUGAUUUGCUCAGUUUGCCAGAAGAUUUGAAUCCUUCUUCUUGCCAUCACAUAUUACAGCAAUGCUGGGAAGCUCAACAAAGAAAAAAUUCUUCUCACCUUUCUUUACUCAAAGCAAUUUGUUGUGCAUAUGGGUGGCCAUACUUUCAUCUAGGUUUUCUAAAGGUGAUUAAUGAUUGUCUAGGUUUUGUGGGACCAGUGCUUCUCAAUAAGUUGAUUCGGUUUCUUCAGCAAGGUUCUGACCACUAUGAUGGCUACAUUUUUGCUAUAUCCUUGGGCCUAGCCUCUAUUUUGAAAUCCUUCCUUGAUACACAAUAUACUUUUCAUCUUUCCAAACUUAAGCUGAAGCUGCGCUCUAGCAUUAUGACUAUUAUUUACCAUAAGUGUCUUCAUGUUAGACUUGCAGAGAGGUCAAAAUUUUCUGAAGGGGAGAUUCAAACAUUCAUGUCUGUUGAUGCUGAUAGAACUGUCAACCUUUGCAACAGUUUCCAUGAUAUAUGGAGCUUGCCGCUGCAAAUUGGAAUAGCUCUAUAUCUACUCUACGUACAAGUCAAGUUUGCAUUUCUUUCUGGAAUAGCAAUAACCAUUCUGCUAAUACCGGUCAAUAAAUGGAUUGCUCAACUAAUUGCAAAGGCUACAAGAAGCAUGAUGGAACAGAAGGAUGAAAGAAUUAGGAGGACGGCUGAACUCUUCACAUACAUUCGGACUUUGAAAAUGUACAGCUGGGAGCUUAUAUUUGCUAGCUGGUUGAUGAAGACAAGAGCAUUGGAAGUGAAAUACUUAUCAACCAGGAAAUACUUGGACGCGUGGUGUGUAUUUUUUUGGGCAACUACACCAACCCUUUUCUCUUUGUUCACCUUUGGACUUUAUACUUUGAUGGGACAUCAGCUUGAUGCGGCAACGGUUUUCACUUGCCUUGCAUUAUUUAACAAUUUAAUCUCCCCACUAAACUCAUUUCCUUGGGUCAUUAAUGGGCUAAUUGAUGCUUUUAUAUCUUCUCGGAGGUUGAGCAAAUAUUUGUCCAGUUCUGAGUGUGAACUGGGGAUGGAGAAGAAAGGAUAUCCUUCUCCUGAAAACAUGGCUGUCAUCAUUUGUGAUGCAUGUUCAACAUGGUCAAGCAGUGAUGAAAAAGAUUUGAGUUUGAUUUUGGACAAUGUUACUCUUCAAAUACCAAAAGGUUACCUGGUUGCUGUUAUUGGAGAGGUUGGAUCAGGUAAAUCAUCCGUGCUAAAUUUGAUUUUAGGAGAAAUGAGACUUGUUAUUGGAUCAAUACAUCUGAAUGGAUCCACAACUUAUGUACCGCAGAUACCUUGGAUUCUCUCUGGAACCAUCCGUGAUAAUAUUUUGUUUGGGAGGAAUUACAACUCAACAAGGUACUCAGAUGUAUUACACGCUUGUACACUUGAUGUUGAUAUCUCCUUGAUGAUUGGAGGUGAUAUGGCGUGUAUCGGAGAGAAAGGAAUUAACCUGUCAGGUGGCCAGAGAGCACGUCUUGCACUUGCCAGGGCUCUCUAUUGUGCCUCUGAUAUAUACAUGCUUGAUGAUGUUCUGAGUGCAGUAGAUGCUCAUGUUGCCUGCUCAAUUUUGCAUAAUGCCAUUCUUGGCCCUCUUAUGAACCAGCAGACACGUAUUCUAUGCACACAUAACAUUCAGGCAAUAUAUGCUGCUGAUAUGGUGGUUGAAAUGGACAAGGGAAGAGUGAAGUGGGUGGGAACUCCAUCUGACUUAAAGGUUUCUUCCUAUUUGGCAUUUCCCUCUAUAGAGAACUGUAGUAUUUCCUCCGAAGUUCAAGUAGAGGAAAGGUCAUCUAUCUCUGUAGAAGCCGAAGGAGGAGUAGAGGUGGACAAUUCCUACAAUUUGGAAGGAGGUCAAGGGACUACUGAUGCUGAGACGAGGAAAGAAGGGAGAGUUGAACUUCUUGUAUACAAAAAUUAUGCAGAAUUUGCUGGUUGGUUCAUUACGAUAUUAACAUGCUUGUCAGCCCUUUUGAUGCAAUUUUCUCGUAAUGGAAAUGACUUGUGGCUAUCAUAUUGGGUUGAUACAACUGGAAGCAGUCAGAAAGACUACUCGACAACAUUUUAUCUGGGUAUGCUCUGCAUGUUCUGUUUGGUGAAUUCUACACUAACUUUGGUGAGGGCAUUUUCAUUUGCAUUUGGUGGCAUACAUGCUGCCAUCCAGGUCCAUGAUCGCUUGUUGAAUAAGCUUAUCAAUGCAAGUAUUAGCUUCUUUGAUCAGACACCUAGUGGGAGAAUACUUAACAGAUUUUCUUCGGAUCUUUAUACUAUUGAUGAUUCUCUCCCAUUUAUUUUCAACAUUCUCCUGGCCAAUUUUGUUGGCCUGUUGGGAAUUGCUAUAAUCUUGUCAUAUGUGCAGGUCAUUUUUUUGCUAGUAUUGUUGCCUUUCUGGUACAUAUACAGCAAAUUACAGUUCUACUACAGAUCAACAUCACGUGAGCUGCGAAGGCUGGAUAGUGUUUCUCGCUCACCAAUUUAUGCAUCAUUCACGGAGACACUGGAUGGAGCAUCAACUAUUAGGGCAUUCAGCUCUGAGGACUUUUUCUUCCUCAGAUUCAUUGAGCAUAUAACAGUAUAUCAAAGAACUUCUUACUCUGAGGUGACAGCAAGUCUGUGGCUUUCCCUGCGCCUUCAGUUGUUGGCAGCUUUUAUUGUCUCAUUUGUUGCUGUGAUGUCUGUUGUUGGAUCUCAGAGACUUCUCCCCAUCACUUUAGGCACUCCAGGGCUGGUUGGCUUGGCUCUCUCAUAUGCAGCUCCGAUCGUAUCUUUACUUGGAAGCUUUUUGACAAGUUUCACGGAAACAGAGAAGGAGAUGGUUUCUGUGGAGAGGGUUCUUCAGUAUAUGGACAUUCCUCAAGAAGUAGUUAGAGACGAACAAUUGUAUCUGAAUUGGCCAUCUCAAGGGGAGAUCCAGUUCCAGAAUGUGACACUCCGAUAUAUGCCUUCUCUGCCUCCUGCAUUACGUGGUGUGUCUUUUAUUAUUACAGGCGGAACUCAGGUUGGAGUCAUUGGAAGAACAGGUGCGGGAAAAUCAAGCAUUUUGAAUGCCCUAUUUCGCUUAAAUCCAAUCAGCGGAGGUUGUAUUUUAGUGGAUGGAAUUAACAUAGCUGAGAUUUCCCUAAGAGACCUUCGUUCUCAUUUGGCUGUCGUUCCCCAGAGUCCAUUCUUAUUUGAAGGAUCAUUAAGGGACAAUCUAGACCCAUUGCACAUAAGCGAUGAUAGAAUGAUUUGGAACAUCCUCGAGAAAUGUCACGUAAAGCAAGAAGUAGAAGCAGGGGGAGGGCUGGACAUGCAUGUAAAGGAGUCCGGAAUAUCAUUCUCUGUGGGGCAACGGCAGCUCCUUUGCCUUGCACGUGCACUUCUCAAAUCUUCUCAGGUGUUAUGUUUGGAUGAGUGCACUGCCAAUAUAGACACUCAAACAUCUGCAAAACUACAGAACGCUAUAGCUAGUGAGUGCCGAGGAUUAACAGUAAUUACGAUUGCACAUCGUAUCUCAACAGUUAUGAACAUGGACAAUAUCCUGAUUUUAGAUCAAGGAAUCCUGGUUGAGCAAGGGAAUCCAAAUAGUCUUCUAAAUGAUGACUUAUCCAGAUUCUCAAGUUUUGCAAAAGCAUCGAAAAUGUGACGGCCUGCAUUGCCUGUGUUGUAUUCAAAACCAGCACUGCUAGAACGAACUAUUUAACAGUUAGGGUUUUCUGUUUGUGCACGUUUCUUUGUAUCAGUGAUAUUUGUGGUUCAUGACAAAGAGCCGACUUCGGUAUGAAUAAUAACAGUAUUGCUGUAUGAGACUCAAAUGAACGAUGUAUUAUUAGAUUCCUAGUCAAAUGUAAGCCCGUCCAAUUACUUUAUGCUGGCUAGAGAGAAAUUAUCCGUUGACACAGACUAGUUUGAUUUUCCCAAA